AAGUUCCAAGAAGUUUUGGUUUAGGUUUAGUUUAGUUCCCAAUCAUUCUGAAAACAAAAAUAAAAAAGUUUAGUUUCCGAUGAAGCAGCAGAUAAUUUCCGACGAUGUGAUUGAGAGUAUAUUCUUGAAAUUACCAGCCAAAUCCAUACUCCAAUUCAGGUCCAUCUCCAAAUACUGGAAUUCAGUUCUCACCAGUCCCGGUUUUGUUGCAACUCACAGACAUCUCCAUCACAGUCAAUAUUGUCUUCUUUUUGUAGAGGAUGAUUCUAUAAAUGUUGUACAAUAUGUUGGACUGCAACAGAAUGACCCAGUUGCCGUCUUCACCACGAGACUCUCUUUUCCUCCGCCUCUGCAAAUAUUUCCGUCGUCCUGGCGCGAUAACAGCGGCAGGCUGUACAACUAUUGCGGCUGGAAAACGGGUUUAUUUUCUUCUUGCAAUGGAAUUUUGUGCAUCGACAUGAUUGGUGACUUGCAUAAUGAUACAGUUAAUCAUGGUUUACACACAUUCAUGUGCGAUCAUGUUACAGUGUUAUGGAAUCCAUGCACCAAUGCAUUCAGAGAAUUACCAAAAUCAGGCGGUUAUCCAAAAACUACCAUGGACGGCAGGUUAGCUUAUCUAGGGUUUGUUUAUGAUUCAUCCAACAAUGACUAUAAAGUCAUAAAAGUUGAACACUAUUUUGAAGGUUCCUUUAGAUCAGCAGUUGAUAUAUUUUCACUUAAAUCGAAUAUGUGGACAAGCAUUGCCGAUAAUAUUGAGUUUCCGUAUAGAAUUGGUGAUGAGGCCACUGUAAUAAACGGGGGACUGUAUUGGCUAGAGCGUGAUACUGAGACAUUAGAUCUCGAAACGUACCAGAUGCUAGUGAGGCGUGGUCGUUUAGAAUACAGUGAAGAUUAUAUGCAGAGAAUAAGAACUCGAGAGAAACUGUUUCGCUUUGAUUUUACUACGAAAUUAAGCACGGAGCAAGAGUUACCUCAUAUGGGUGAGAAUUACAACAGCUAUGAAACACAAGCGUUUGCAAGUUUAGCAAGUGAUUACCUCUCUUUAUUUACCAACAAUGGUGAUCUUUGGCUAUUGAAAGACGGGAGUUGGGUGAAACAUAUGACAAUCCCUCGAGUUUUUCAGAAUGAAAUUGGUGUUGAUCCGGAUUUGAUGCCACUCUUUUUCACCAAAGACAAUUCCAUUGUUACGCAUGCAGAGGGAAGUACAAAGAGCUCUGUACAGGUUACCUAUGACCCGCAUCAGUCUUCCUUCAAGAUAUAUAAGGUUCAUGGAAUACAACAUUCGUAUCGCAUCAUCUUACACAACCAGACACUUGUUUCGCCUUCAAUUUUCUAGAUUUUCUCUUUCAAUCGCAAUCUUUUUAUUUUAGAACAUGAGUUACUAUCUUUAAUUAUUAGUUACCCUAUAGAUAUGCAUUUAUAGGAUGGACUAACAGCGCUUCUAAAUGCUGAACAGAUUGAGUUAGCAUUACAAGCUUUAACAACUUGAGUGUCAAGAAGCAUAAGCCAUUG